CGCCAUCUUAAAUUGAGUGGGUCUCGAGCUUAACAGCAACGUAGCCCGCGCUCCAAACAAAAAGACUAUAAACAUGAGUAGUCAGAGCUCGCGAAACGAAACGUCAGCCGCGGUGAACGGGCAGGAGCCCGCCGCAGGUUCGAGAGAGCGGAAACACGGUGGAGGUGUUCUGAAGAGACUGAAAUCCCGCCGGAAUCCCGAGCGGCGGCCCGUGACGGAGGACGAGCUCCGCGCGGUCGGGAAAAACAUCACUCCGGAGGAAGUUUUGGGGCUUCGCGCAGUCACUCGCGAUUAUCUUUGCAAACCUGAAGACAAUGUGUACAACAUUGAUUUCACACGCUUCAAGAUCAGGGACCUGGAGACAGGCACAGUGCUGUUUGAGAUUGCAAAGCCCCCUCACUGCGAUCUGGACGAAGAGGAUGAGGAGAGUGUGGAUGUGAAUACCAGUGCAGGCCGCUUUGUUCGCUACCAGUUCACACCAGCGUUUCUCAAGCUACGCACAGUUGGUGCCACCGUGGAGUUCACUGUAGGAGAAAAGCCAGUCAACAGCUUCCGAAUGAUCGAGAGGCAUUACUUCCAGGACCGCCUCCUGAAGAACUUUGACUUUGACUUUGGCUUCUGUAUCCCCAACAGCCGCAACACUUGCGAGCAUAUCUACGAGUUUCCUCAGCUCCCGGAGGACCUCAUUUGUCAGAUGGUGGAACAUCCGUAUGAGACUCGCUCAGACAGUUUUUACUUCGUGGACAACAAACUCAUCAUGCACAACAAAGCAGACUACGCGUACAAUGGAGGCCAGUAAUACUAGGAGUAGAGUGUGUGUGCAUGCGUGUGUGUCACCUGCUCUAACUGGAACAGGUGUUUCUCCCUCCUCUCUGUCCUCCCCUACUCUCCCCACACAUUUUAUUUUUACCUCACACCUACCAGUGUGUGGGAGCACUACUAACACCAACUUCCUAAGAGCUUGUCAUCUUAGAGUUUCCGUUCACUUGUUCAGGUCACCAGGUCAUUUCUCAGUGUGAACACACCUGUGUGGUUCAGCACAUCUUUAGCAUAGACUCUGUUUCUGGUUGGUGUGUAAAGAUUGGAUAGGUUUUUUUUCAUGUUGUGUUUUUAGUGUUGUAAGAAACACUAGUCACCAGUCACCUGACUAUGCUGUAUGGUGUGCAUGCCUGCUUUUGGACAGCGUCAUGCUGGUUACGUGGAUGACAUCACUGAUGAUAUCACUGACAUGCUGCAGCAGGACAGCAGCACCAGUUUUCAUGUGUUCAAUAUUUCAAUGAACAAAUCCCCGUAUCAGACCUGCCCUACCUGCCCUUGUAUCAGACCUGCCCUACCUGCCCCCUCUCCAGAUGAGAACCAAGUUAAUGCUGCUUUUUAAAGCCCUCCAGUCACGCGAUAGCCCUGAACUCCGUCACUGUUUCACUAGGGUUAGGGUUUCUUUCUGUUUCACUGCUCUGUUCUUUGUAGGCCCCUCUGUCUUUAUUUUAUGUGUUACCUAUUUUUGGAUUGGAAGUUUAAUCUCAGUAAUGGAGUUGUAGUUACUGUGGAUGUACGCGUGCUGUAUAACGAUGCUGAGUGGUUUUAAAGUGUUCUGGGUGAUGACCACAAGCAGUCAGUGGUCCGUCUGUCUCUGAAGGGUCUGAGGGUCCCACUGUCACACACAGCUGUCUGCUCUUCCACUGCUGAGGUUGUUCUCAGCAGUGGUGGUGUGUGUCGGUAUUGCUUCCUUUCUCUUCCAGAGGACAGUGCUGUCCUAAACUCACCUUAGACACGGUCCUAAAGCUCACCUCAGGCAGUGUCCUAAAGCUCACCUUAGACACAGUCCUAAACUCACCUCAGACACUGUCCUAAAGCUCACCUCAGACACUGUCCUAAACUCACCUCAGACACUGUCCUAAAGCUCACCUCACACACUGUCCUAAACUCACCUCAGACAUUGUCCUAAAACUCACCUUAGAUACAGUCCUAAACUCACCUCAGACACUGUCCUAAAGUUCACCUCAGACGCGGGCCUAAACCCUGGAAGCCAGAGAGUUCAAACCAAGAAUCAUGUCUGCUUUGGUUCACUCUGACAUCUCUAAAAGCAAGCCAGGGUUGAGUUCUGUGGGCACUGUGAUAGCAGAGCAAACGUUGCAUCAAACACUAUAGAUGAUUCUGACAAUACAGUGAGGGAAAACUGGGCCCUGGUCAUUUGCUAAUUGUUUAAUAAAGACAUUCUUCUGUUUUCACAGCAGGCUUGCAGCCUACAGGUGUGAAGAUGCCAUCGAGUUACACAGACAUGGUCUAAUGGUCACAGACAUAAUGCCUAGAGUAGUUCCUCUAGCAGCCAGUCAUAAUACCCAAAGAAAUUGCUCUAGCAGCCAAUCAUAAUGCCCAGAGUAGUUGCUCUAGCAGCCAAUCAUAAUGCCCAAAGUAGUUGCUCUAGCAUUGGGGGUGUGGCUUUACGCGUGGCUUUUACAUUAUACACUAAAGAGACCCCAUGUUUUGUUAUAUAUGUACGUUUUUUGUUUUGUUGUUGUUUCUCAACGUCAGUGGACGCCCCAGUAAUGAUGCAGUACUACGCUCCUGCUGAAACUGUGCAUCACUUAUGUUCAUUACGAUUUAAUUUAUUGAGAUUUUCUCAUUCCAGCUUCACAUUAUUAUAUUGUUGGUUUCACUAACCCCUCUUAAGUCGUGUUCCUGAAACUAUACUGAAUGUUCUAAUCCUUGAGUUACUGUAUAAUGGAGUCUUUAUCUAAUGUGUAUUACCUUGUUUAUAAAUGAAAACGUUUUAUGUUUGAAAUAAAGUGAGUUAAUAAUGACUGGUCACCUCUUAUUGGUUACUCAUAGUCUUUGAUCAGUUACAGUGUCAUUUUGCCUUAGCUGCCACUUAUAAAUGUUUUAAGUUUUUUUCUUAUUUUAUUUUACUUGUAUCUUGGUUUAUCUAAAGUUUAAACUUGAAUGUGUGUGUAUGUAUUUACAGACACACACACACACACACACCUGUUUCUUUUUCCUGUUUUGAUAUUGUUGAAGCCUGUAUCAGGACUGAACUUUAUUACAAAAAUCCAGAAGAGAUAAAGAAAUUAUAUAUUAAACCCAAGGAAAGAACCAGGACGAGGGUUGGAAACAGUCUCGUGUUUUUGUCCUUGAUUUGUUAAGAGCUGCACAAUAAUGACUGUCAUGCACCUAGCGAAGGAUCCACACAACCCUCUCCAAGCCUCCAACACCUGCCUUCUCACCUGGUUUGCAUUCCUGUCAUUGGAAACCACUGUCCUGGGUCCUCUUUGCAUUUGGCCCAGAUGUUCUCUGUUUAUAGUUUUGACAAAUUGUAUUAUAGAAAAGUCCAAAUUAGGAAUGAAUUUGUCAGCUUGUGCCUUUUGUGUGAAUUCUAGUUGUUUCUAAAAUAAUGUGAAAAUAAAGCAUAUUUCAUUACAAAAAUUAAUGUUCUUUAGUGUUUGGGUUAAUAUCUCGGGCUCUAGUGUUUCUGUUAAUAUCUUGGUAGACAUUGGUGUUCUUGCUUGUCGAAGCAGUAUAUAUUCAGAGUUACAAAGGGGCAGUGUACUGUCUCCUCAUAUUUUUUCUCUUUUUUUAAUAAACUAUGCUGUAGCAGA